AUGGCGGACGAAGAUUACCAAGAUGUCGACGAUUUGGGGUACGAGGACGAGCCAGCAGAGCCAGAGAUUGAAGAAGGAGUAGAGGAGGAUGUUGAGAUGAAGGAGACUGAUGAUACCACUGGCGAACCUAUCGAAACUGAAGAUAAGGUAGAGCAGGAAGAUGUACAACGUCCUCGCAAAACAUCAAAGUUCAUGACCAAAUACGAACGCGCUCGGAUUCUCGGCACUCGUGCUCUCCAGAUCAGCAUGAAUGCUCCUGUGAUGGUAGAGCUACAGGGUGAGACUGAUCCGCUUGAGAUUGCAAUGAAGGAGCUUCGACAACGUAAGAUACCUUUCACAAUCAGGCGUUACUUACCCGAUGGGAGCUUUGAAGAAUGGAGAGUCGAUGAACUGAUUGUGGAAGACUCAUGGAAACGUCAAGUCGGUGGUGAUUGA